AUGUGGAACUACUACGAAGGGAAAUCGAUCUUGGUGACCGGCGGGUCGGGGUUUCUGGGGACUGCGAUUGUGCAUCGCCUACUGACGACCACCUCGGUUUCACGAAUCUAUUUAAUUUGCAGGGGAGGUACUGAGAAGCUUCGAGCAAGAUGGAGAGAGUGGCUACCCCAAGGCACAGCCGAUGCAAUGUGUGACCCCAGUCGAUUGAUCGUCCUCGAUGGCGACAUCCUUGUUCCCAACUUGGGACUCUCAGAGCCCGAGCUCGAGGCAAUUCGGAACACCACCAAUAUCAUCAUCCACGCCGCAUCCUCGAUCAACCUAGCCGCACCAUUGAAGCGUCUGCACGGUCCCGUCAUUGAAGCUACUGAAACAGUGGCAAAUAUUGCCCUGACCUGCAAAAUGCUAGAUCGCUUCGUCUAUGUCUCCACCGCAUACUCAAACACCUACCUCUACCCGCACAGCGAGGACGUGGAUCUGAAGAUCGACGAGGAAUUCUACACGCUCCCAAGCGGAUGUGACGCUCUCGACGAGCUGCACGAAGUCCGAGAAUUCGGCACAAGCACAGCAUACGAAGCAGAAGACUUCCCCUGGUCAUACGCUUACGCAAAACAUCUCACUGAGAGACUCCUGCUGCACCGGUUCAGAGAAUGCAGCGAGAAGCUAAUGAUUCUACGUCCCGCCAUCAUUGGGGCGGCGCAAAGCCUGCCCUUCCCAGGAUAUAAUAUGCCGAUGUCUUCGCCGCCGACAAUGUUCACUGCCGCACUACUCUUAUAUCCCUGGCGCUACAUGGGAGCCGCUACGCGGAUGGAUCAGCCUGAUUUGGAUGUGACAUCUGAUGAAGUCCCUGUUGAUGUUGUUGCGGAUCGUCUUCUAUGCCAUCUUGCCGUGGGCACGACUGGUUGCGUGCACGCCGUGAGCGGAAUCCGGGCCCGAAGACGUAUUAGUACAUGGUUGCAAUCUGUGAUGAAACUUCGCAGGAUCCCCUGGGAUGUUAAGCCCAAAUGGAUCAAAGAGAAUUGGAAGUCACGGAAACAGGACCGUCUCUGCCGACUGUAUACCAUCAUGGGAUCGUCUUUCAAUUUCCUUGAGAACAAAACAGUUGCCGUGUAUGAGAAACUGUCUGAGAAGGAGCGGAUGGGGUUACAAUUAUUCAAGAAUAUCGAUACAGAGAACCACUGCUCUGCUCGGGAUUCAGAUAUCCGUUAUGUGAUGGAUUAUUUUGCUCGCAAGAGCUGGCUGGCAUGGCUGUUGGUUAUGCUGUUCUAUUUCACUUUUGGAAAGACCAGCCAGACUAACCGGUAUGCGAAACUAUGA